CUGGCGCAGCGCGCUCUAUUUAUAUCGCUGGGCCCAGACAGGCCCAUAUUGGGCAGUGCCCGCCGUCCAGCCCGCUAGCUGCCCUGCCCCGCCCCGGCCGGCCCGGUCUGCGCGGCCACCGGGCCAGGUCACGGCGCCAUCGCUGCGGCCUCUGCGGAGCCGUGGGGCCGUGCCUCGCGCCGGGGAUCAGCAGCUAGUGAACAACAUAAGUGAACUGGACAAUUUCAGAAAGUAUGCAGUGCUCACUAUGGAAACAGGAUUCUUUUCUUUCCAUCAGGAGUGUUCCAGGACAUCUCUGUUGCUUUGUGAAUAAUCAGACAUGCAAAUAGCCCCUCAAGAAUCCAGCUAAAUUUGAAGACGUCGUACUUAGAAACAUUGAAAAGUGUAUCAUGGAGUGCAAGACUGAGGGAAAAGAAAAAUACCAACAUAGUUUGAACUUACUGAAUCAAGUUAAGAACAUGAGAGAAUUAGCAGAAAUGAUCGAUGUAGUACUGAUAGCAGAAGGGGAGAAAUUUCCUUGCCACCGGCUGGUCCUGUCUGCAUUUAGUCCCUAUUUCAAAGCUAUGUUCACCUGUGGACUACUUGAAUGUACUCAGAGGGAAGUCAUACUUUAUGACAUCACAGCAGAAAGUGUGUCCGUGAUAUUGAAUUAUAUGUACAACGCAGCUUUAGAAAUCAAUAAUGCCAAUGUACAGACUGUAGCUAUGGCUGCCUAUUUUAUGCAGAUGGAAGAAAUCUUUAGUGUGUGUCAAAAAUAUAUGAUGGACCAUAUGGAUGCCUCAAACUGUGUAGGUAUCUAUUAUUUUGCAAAGCAGAUAGGAGCUGAAGAUUUAUCUGAUCAAUCGAAGAAAUAUUUAUAUCAGCACUUUGCUGAGGUAAGCUUACAUGAAGAAAUACUAGAAAUCGAAGCACACCAAUUUCUGAAACUUAUCAAAUCAGAUGACCUUAACAUAUCGAGAGAAGAGAGCAUUCUGGACUUAGUCCUGAGGUGGGUAAAUCAUAACCAAGAAAUGCGCACAGAGCAUCUUGUUGAGCUUUUGAAGCAGGUCAGAUUGGAACUUAUAAAUCCUUCUUUUUUAAGACAAGCCCUAAAAAGGAACACAAUGCUUCUAUGUGAUGCAAAUUGCAUUGACAUAAUUCAAAAUGCAUUCAAAGCCAUCAAGACUCCCCAGCAGCACUCUCUAAAUCUUCGUUAUGGCAUGGAGACUACUAGUCUGUUGCUUUGCAUUGGCAACAAUUCUUCAGGAAUCAGGUCACGACAUAGGAACUAUGGGGACGCCAGUUUUUGUUUUGAUCCUGUUUCACGGAAGACCUAUUUUGUCUCCUCUCCCAAGUAUGGAGAGGGCUUGGGAACCGUGUGUGCUGGUGUGGUCAUGGAAAACAACACCAUAAUUGUGGCUGGAGAAGCAAGUGCCUCUAAACUCUCUAGACAAAAAAACAAGAAUGUUGAAAUCUAUAGGUAUCAUGAUAGAGGAAACCAGUUUUGGGAAAAGUUAUGCACAGCUGAAUUUCGAGAGCUAUAUGCUCUGGGCAGUGUCCAUAAUGACCUCUAUGUUAUAGGAGGACAGAUGAAAGUUAAAAACCAGUAUCUCAUUACAAACUGUGUCGAUAAGUAUUCUGUAGAACGGGACAGUUGGAGAAGGAUGUCUCCCCUUCCACUGCAGUUGGCAUGUCAUGCCGUAGUAACAGUGAAUAAUAAGCUUUAUGUGAUCGGAGGCUGGACCCCUCAGAUGGAUCUUCCUGAUGAAGAACCAGAUCGACUCAGCAACAGACUGUUGCAGUAUGACCCCAGCCAAGAUCAAUGGACAGACCGGGCGCCCAUGAAGUUCUCUAAGUACCGAUUCAGUACAGCUGUAGUCAACAGUGAGAUUUAUGUUUUAGGUGGAAUUGGCUGUGUAGGUCGGGACAAAGGCCAGGUUCGAAAGUGCCUUGAUGUGGUGGAGAUCUAUAACCCUGACGGGGACUUCUGGAGAGAGGGCCCACCUAUGCCAAGUCCCCUACUCUCCCUUCGAACCAAUUCUACCAAUGCAGGAACAGUAGAUGGGAAGCUCUAUGUCUGCGGGGGAUUCCACGGAGCAGACUCAAAGCCUGCCAGAAACCUCGAACUUCGCACCAACGGUGAACAGAAAGAGCUCCAAGAGAAGCCCUCUACUUCUUUUUCAAGAAACAAGAGAGAGGACGACAUGGGUCAGAGAAAAUGGAAGAUAGACAUGAAGUUAUCUCCAAAGAAAUAUUGGAGCUGGACCCAUGGGAAAACCAAUGGAAUGUUGUAGCCAUCAAUGUCCUCAUGCAUGACAGUUAUGAUGUCUGCCUGGUGGCCAGGAUGAACCCCCGAGACCUCAUCCCCCCACCUUCAGAUCUUGUGGAAGAAGGCGGUGAGCACUGAAGUCAGUGUUCACUGUAGGACCUCCUGCUAUGUUUGCACAGGAGGCAUUAGGGAUGGAGAGAGCCCAUAGGCACCAGCCAGUCGCCCCGAACGUGUGUGUGGCAUACUUAGCAACCCAUGUGCAAAGCAGUGUAUGCUGGGUGCUAUGAUAGGGAGUGUGCAGAGUCUGUGCUCAGGGACCUCCAGUUGGCUGGGAUGGACAAGACAUUACAAGGUCAAAUGUGGCAACAACACAGGGAGCACACAAGGAAUGAAGAGAUGGAGGGACCUCACGCUGCUGGGGACUCAAGGACAACAUUGCCAAGGAACAGGCCUUUUACUGGGGCCUUGAAUGGUGAGGAAGAAGCAGUCCCAUGGGUGCAGCUCAUGGGGACAUCACAGAGACAGCUGAGCAACGGCCUAAAGCUGGGUCUGAUUGCCUGGGCUAUAGGCUCUGCUUCUAAGGCUGGAAAAAGAGGUUGUAGAUAAGUGAUCAACACUUGGAAAACCAAGGACUUUGGACCUGGUCUCCAAGCAGGGGAAUCAUCUCAACAUCUUCUGAAGUUAAAAGAAGAUUUCUCUUUGUGUUCUGUUCCAGUUUCAGUCUUACAGAGACUUUCUAUUCUGGUGUAGACACUCUUCUACUUCAGUGGCGUUGCCCAAAAUGGGGCUAGCAGUGAACUGCAAGUUCCAAACAGCCCAGGCACUCAAGCUCGACCACAGUGAGCAAAGAAACUGCACCCUCAGCCAGGUCUGUGUCAGGGACAGGGAUGGGGAGCUCUGCUGUCCUGGCCCACUCUGCAAGUGUCCUGGACUAGACUUAUCCAAGCUGCCCUUAAGCACACAUGACCUCCUGCAAAUUGGCCCUGGCUGCAUGCAACUGGCCUAGGCCAUGGAUAGACCAGGCUCUGGAGUGGAGGAGAGAGGAGGUCCAUCCUCUGGGCUGCCUGCUGCCUGCCGUCUUACCCAACCUUUGUAAUAUCUUCCCCAAGAUUGGAACUAGAAAUGGAGCUGCCUGCUUCAGCUCACAGUUGAGCAUGAUCAGAAAACAGCCACUCCCAGAAUAUAUUGUGGAGUUGACAUUUAAAUGACACAUGAGGAAUCCAUCUAUUUUACUUGCCAUCCAUACUUCUGGAAGCACAGUGGAUUCAAAGACUGCAUUUUGGUAGCUGUUCCUCAAUAACUUCUCCAGAGUUUCCCAUUGCACAGGGCUCUUUUUUAAACAGGAAUGGUCAGUAAAUUCCCUAGAACUUUCCCAGAGGGAGACAAUGCUAGAUUGAGAUAGCUCUUCUCUGAUGCAGAGCUGUGUGACCAUGAUGUCCGUCAGUGCAUCCUCCCAGGUCCCAGCUGCUAAACCAGGCAGAUGAGGCAGGUCUGUGGAAGCUGGAGCCAGAUGGAAACCUGCUUCUGUCACCAUGAAGAGGAUCCCCACUUAGACCCAGUGCGGGUUGUCCCCAGGUAGGCCAGACUUCCUAAAGUCAAGGGCUGUGUCUGUCACUUUGCAGUUGUGCUACUUGGAACCUACAGUGAUACAUCUUUUAGAUGCAUUGGGUUCGAGAUCGAGGCUCUAGUGCCAGGGUUGCUACUUAGCUAACUCUGUGAUCUUGGGCCAGGUAACCUUUCCAAAGCCUAUUUUCUCCAUAUGCAGAAAGGGAAGAAAAAUCAUUUUAGAGCUGGUAUGAGGACUGAGUGAGAGAAUGCUGAGCAAAGUGCCUGUCAGAUACUAAAAUACUAAACAGCCUUUAGCUGCCAUUAUUUCUAGUAUCAUUAUCACUGUAAUCUGCGUUGUCCAAAGCAUAGUGCCCACAACCCACUGCUUGAGUGGACUCUCGUGGGAUGGAGAGGAGCUGUGCAUUUCAUUUGAGAUAGUUCUUAAUUUCCCAGACUCGGCCACUCAGCUCCUCCAGGUGGUGUGCAGAUAAAUAAGCAUCAGCAUCUAUUUUAAGCGUGCUUCUUGUCUGACUUUCAUAUUUGUAAUUAAAAACAAGAUAUCUCUACCCGCCUGCUGUCGGAUAUUGUCAGAGAUUCACCUUCGAACUCCUACCACUCCUGUUUUCGUUUCUUCAUGGGGGGACAUGUAUGUCAUGGACCACUCUUAAAAAAACUUCGACUGUUUGCCAGUUCUUGUCUUUGCAAGGCAGGAUUUCUGGACACUGAGCACAGAACAUAGCAGAGAAAUGAUCUGGAGGCUAAGGCUGGCAAGAGAUGGCAGCUGUCAGUACACCUGGGUCCUGCCUAUGCCCACCAACAAAGCGCCACUGUUCUCACCAAAUUGACUUUAUAAUGAGCAAAUGCUUUCAAUUUGACCUUGCAAAAUAAAAAUGUACUAAUGAAAGAUCA